CUAUAGAAAGUUACAUAGGUUAUAGAUCUGGAUCUAUGUAAACAUCAAAAGACGAAUUGGCCAGAUUUUACACACUUAAAUGCCAUAUAUGAUUAUUUCAAUUUAUUGGUAGUAUUUUGCAUAUUUGUUAUUGAGAGGCAAGAUUUUAACACAUUCUUGGGUUAACCAUUUAAAUAACAUUCUUGAUGUGUUUUUUUUUUUCGUUGGACUUGAUAAUAAACUAUUCGGUUUGGCCUUAUUUAGUUUAAAAUGGAAUACUUCAAAUUAUAAUUCAAAUCACAGGUGAAAAUUAAAGAUUCAAGUCAAUGAGACGAUGUAAUUCACACAAUAAACUGUUAUAUCAAACUGUGUCAUGGCCUGCUUCGUAGUACAAGCUGUUUUAUUGUGUUUACUGUUCCAGACAGUUUGUUUAUCGCCCACCAUCUGGACCUAUGACAAGAUUGCCUACAUCAAAGAAGGGACGAACGUCAACACUGACCUGUCCGUCAUCAACUGCAGUGACCCGGACACGAACCCGACCAGCACCUACUUGAAGACCAUCGUCCCCACCACCCCUUGCUCCGGGUGUUUUAACAUCUACAAAUGUGGAACACUGGAGUGUCUACAAUACAGGGCAGGCAAGGGGACACUGGACCGCUCGCAGGCUGCCUCCUACCUCGUGACUCUCUCCUGCACAGACACCAUUGAGACAGCUGCGACGGAUGUGGUGGAGAUUGUCGUAUUGUCCAACGGGCCCCCAGAGUUUGUGCCCGGCGCCCUCAACAUUUCCAAAACCAUUCCUUCCUCGCUGACGGCCGGGGGGCUCAUCUACCAAGUGAGUGCCAAGGACAUUGACAACGACGCCAUAACCUAUAAGUUGAAGGUCACUCCUGCGUCCGCAGCGAGCCAUUACGUCAUCGAUCAAAAAACAGGGGCAAUAACUUCCAAGAUCGACAUGAUGGCCGAGUGUCUUGAUUUUCUUACUUUCGAGGUGACCAUCAGUGACGGCCAGCACGAUGUCGGACCAAUGGUCAUCGAUGUAGAAAUAACAAAUCCGAACACGGCCCCAGUCGCAGCCAACUUGGACACGCUGAUUCAGUUCAACGAGGUCGACGCGACCAAAACUACUCUGUACACCAUGCUACUGACCGACGACAAGUCGACCGUGAAGUACAACGUGACCUCUAGCAAUGCAGACGGCCUGUUGCAGUACUCACUAUCUGCUUGCACCGCUUGCACGGCAAAAGCCAUCACCAAUUUGCUACCUCUGGAUUAUGAGAACACCCCGCUCCGAGUGACCGACACGACCGUCCAACUGACCGACGGCUACUGCUCCUCACCCCCGUACAACGCGAGACUCCAGAUAAUGGAUGUGAACGAGAAGCCAAAUGUUACGCUCACAAGUAAUAUCAUUCAGAUCUGUGAAGGCAAGCAAGAGUUUCUUCCCCCUUACAUCAUCAGCGAACAAGACACCUACGACACAAGGAGGUGGUCAUUCGACCCUUUAACAACCAACAUGGACCCAUUCAGCAUUGACCCGAACACCGGAAGUAUACGCACACUCAUUGAUUACGACGUGGACAAACCAGCAGCGAUGACCAGCCCGAAGACUCUCAAUAUCAUCAUGGUGGACAAAGGAGAUUUGACAGCCACUACGUCGGUCACCGUGUCCUUCCUCGACUGUAAUGACAACGCCCCUUUGUUUAAAUCAAGUUUCUACACCGGGUCCGCCACUGCAUGCAGUGCCCCAGGCAGCAAGCUUCUUUCCAUCACGGCGACAGACAAAGAUCUGACGUCCACAACAGGAAAUAACGUCAUCUAUUAUGAAGGGUCAGGAGGUUCUGUUACGGUCAAUGCCGCAGGUGACGUCAUACUAAACGAACCGAUGCCAGCGGGCACUGUGGUCACAUUUAAUGCCUACGCCUAUGACAGAGGUCAAGUCCCUGGGCCUCUUAGGAGCGUGAAUCCAGCGGUUAUAAGUAUUAACUUUACUCCGUGUCCACCAACUCCGUCUCCAGCUCCAGCCGUUACAGCUGUGACAGCAGCUGCCACUACAGUAGCCACGACAGCAGCAGUCUCCUCCACUUCAAAGAAAUCAGACAGCAAUUUAGCGUGGAUUAUAUUGGCUGCUCUGCUGGGGACACUGUUCUUGGGGCUGCUAGGGUUCCUGCUGUGGCGUUACGGAGCCCGAUGUCUAGACGCCUGCGGGAAAGUGAACUGUGACAAGCAAUGCUGUAGGCCAAGACCGAACAGACUUUUAACACCAGAGAUAGAGAGGAGACCACCCUUACAGAAGCAACCAGAGCAGCCAGCAGAGAAAGAAGCAGAUCCUGUCGGUCCUGGGUUUUUAUUUGGAUUCUGGAAAGAAAGAUAUCCCGAUGAUGAUUUCAAGCAUCUACCGGACAGGAAGAGACUCCCGACCCCCGGCGACAUGGAGGCUCACUACCCACACACCCUUGACCCCGUUGAGGACCCUUUGUCCUCUCCAUCGCCUGCAGCCGCCGCCGGUGCUCCCAAGAAGAACUGCAUCGUGAUGUAGCCUGAAACGUGGCGUACCUUUCUUGUCUGGCGCCCCACUUGUGGAAAGAUUUAAGUGGAUUGACCGAAAGCUCUGACAUCAUCUUAUUAGCGCAGCUCAAAAACUGCAGUGUUUUAAGUUAUUAGGGAUGACAGUUAUAUUCAAAACGUGUAUUUAUUCACUUAACAAUCAAGUGCUACAACAAUAUACUAUAUGUGAAUAAAGGAAUUGACGCAUUACAAAUAAUCUUUACUAUCGUAAUCGUUUUCAGCCAUAAUACUUACAAUUUCAGCCAUAAUACUUACAUUUUCAGCCAUAAUACUUACAAUUUCAGCCAUAAUACUUACAA